CAAACCUUUGGAGCCCGAAAGUACUGGGGAGAUCAAGAAAAGCCCGUGGAGGUUGCUCAUCAGAUCGACGGAAACAACUUCAAGCAAAAGCCCAUCGCCCUCGUCUCGUUCGAUUCAAGCUGCAGGAGUGACGUCAUCACAGCCGGCGCCCGGAUCGAUCGGAGAUGGAGGACAAGCCGCCGGCGAAGGAGGGCGACGUGUCGCCGGCGACGGCGGUCCUGCUCGGCGCUCUCGCGCCGGGAGUCAACGGUCCGACGUGGAACGCGCUGAAGAUGGCGUUCGUGAUGCUGGGUGGGUCGCUGGCCGUCAUGAUGGGCUUGGCCUUCUCUUCGAGCGAUUCUUGGUUGACCCUCCACGUGUCGUUCCUCGUGAUGAUCACGCUCGCUCUGUUCUCGCUUCUUAGCUGGUUUCUGGCACAAACCGGAUUGGUUUCAGUUGACAGUCAAAUGCAGGAUCUUAAUUUAGUGCCAAAUGAUCAGACCAAGAAAGAAAAAGUUCGCUGAUACGGUCCCAUGGUCUCAUCAAGUGUAAAUGCCAAGGCUGACAAUUUUCAAGGUUACUCAUGCAUGACUUUGGAGAAGCGAGACAGGCAAAUUUUUCGAAGAACUGUAACGCCAACAAUAGGACACCCCAGCUUGUCUCUCUGCUCAUGAGAUUUUGGUCUGUAAUUUUUGGGUCUCAUCUCAGCUUAUUUUUCUCUCAUGGGCUUUACCCAGGAUUAAAAUACUUAAACACAUUUAUUUAUAAUUUUCAAUUCUUUCAGAUGUGCAAACAUGUACUUUCGAAAAACUGAAUACAGAUGCACUUUUUCACCCCGUUA